AACAGCGGGAAGCAAGGAGGUGCAAAACAGAUUUCUUUGCACUUCCGGUGCAUUGCGUCCUCGCGUUUCCGGAGACAGGAGGGAGCUCGCGUGCUCUCGCGAGAGGCAGGGAAGGGCGCAGGGUUUGAAACAUGGCGGACGACGUGGACCAGCAACAAACUACCAACACCGUAGAAGAGCCCCUGGAUCUCAUCAGGCUCAGCCUGGAUGAGCGAAUUUAUGUGAAAAUGAGAAAUGACAGAGAGCUUCGAGGCAGAUUACAUGCUUAUGAUCAACAUUUAAAUAUGAUAUUGGGAGAUGUGGAAGAAACUGUGACUACUAUAGAAAUUGAUGAAGAAACAUAUGAAGAGAUAUAUAAAUCAACAAAACGGAAUAUUCCGAUGCUCUUUGUCCGGGGAGAUGGUGUUGUACUAGUUGCCCCUCCGUUGAGAGUUGGCUGAAACAAAACAUUUAUCCGUAUGGAAAACAGGAGUUGUGUGGUUGCCUCUUUAAAUGUAGAAGAUAUUCAAAAGAGAAACCUGCGUAAAUUUUGAUAUUAAGAAAUGACCAAGGUAUCUUCCACACCUGAAAUGAGUUGAUUUGCAGAUAACUCACAAAUUUUCAAGCUGAAUGGCAUUUUUAUUUUUCUCCAACCCUUACAAUAAAUGUGAUCACCAAGAUGCAGAACUCUUUUUUUCAGGAGUUGAUUGUUUUUUCAGACAGUUUGUUUUGUUUUUUUCUUUGAAUUAAAUCUGAUGUUUCCUU